AUGGAGAAUGAAGGGUCGGGAAAAAUGACCUUCAUCAAACAAAGCAGGGGGCAAAGGGUGGGGGCCAGAUCUCUGACUGACGGAUACGGGGUCGUUGCCCUGUGGCGCCCUCGAGUCGAAGUCGUCCUCAUUUCAGGUCCAUCUUCGCGUCAAGGUCAAAUUUCGGAGGGGCCAACAGAAAGCAAGAGUUGUCAGAGUAAAUCUUAUGUUGUUCAGGACCAGCAACAGCAUACAGGUGAACGGAGGGUGGCUGAUCCAGACGACUGCCAUGGCGAUGAAGAUGACGAAGACCAGGACUACUUCGCACGUAUGGCUGAAGCUUACAGGAAAAAUUUUUGUGAAGAAACAGCAGACUUGUUUAGCGGUACCAUGGAGGCUGGGCGUUGGAACGAGAUCGUCAGCCAGCUCAACUUCACCAAGUCUAAAGCCGACCAACUGCUCAGUGACAGUGUUAGUGCACUGAAACAGAAGGCCUCCGAGGCGUAUGACUCCCAUCCUCAUCACACCAGUCCUCCUGAAACCCUGUUUCGGCUGCAGGAGGUCUUAGUUAGGGAGGCUGUUUUGGCGCUUGCAAAACAGUGUCGUGAACAGAAUGUUGUGUUUCCUCAGUCAUUUGAGAAGAAAUAGAAAAGGCUGAAAGCAAAUAACAUGAAACAACACUUGAAUUGUUUAGAAAUUUUAAAUGGUUCUCUUGAUGACCGCCUUAAACGUAUUGUUCUAAAUGGAUGUGUGUUUUGAAAUUAGCCUGAUUAUACAAUUGUGUGUAGAUCAUUUGA